GUAACCUUGCGUUUCUGUCAGUUGGCAACAGUUAGUUAAAAUCAGCGAGCACGAGCUGCAAGUGACCGAGCGAAAUCACCGGCACGUCGUACCUCCUGGUGAUAAGAAAACACGAAUUUUAGCGUUUGUGGUGCGUGUGUGAGUUAAGCUAGCGUUUUCGCGACCGUACGUAGACGUCUGACAGCCCAUCGACCCAGCGGAACCCACCAUGGCGGCAAUGUCAGUCAUCGGCAUAGACCUGGGGAACGAGUCCUGCUAUGUCGCCGUCGCCAAAGCCGGCGGCAUCGAGACCAUCGCCAACGACUAUAGUCUGCGGGCCACACCGUCAUGCAUCGCCUUCUCAGAGAAGAACCGCAUUCUGGGGGUGGCGGCCAAGAACCAGCAGGUGACCAACAUGAAGAAUACAGUGUACGGGCUGAAGAGGCUGAUCGGGAGGAAGUACAGGGACCCGCACGUGCAAAGAGAGCUGCAGAUGAUGCCCUUCAAUGUGAUAGAGGCGCCGCAGGGGAAAAUCGGGAUUAAGGUUCAUUAUUUGAACGAGGAACACGUGUUUUCGCCAGAGCAGUGUUUGGCGAUGUUGCUGACGAAGCUUAAGGAUGUUUCCUCGACGGCGCUUCAGACUCCUAUUAAUGAUUGUGUGAUUUCUGUUCCUUCAUAUUUUACUAACAGUGAGCGGAAGGCGCUUCUAGAUUCUGCUGCUAUAGCCGGCUUGAACGUACUUAGACUCUUCAACGAAACCACCGCCACGGCCUUGUCUUACGGCAUCUACAAGCAGGACUUGCCCGGUCCGGAAGACAAGCCCCGGAACGUGGUGUUCGUCGACUGCGGCCAUUCCUCCCUGCAGGUGUUCGCUUGCGCCUUCAACAAAGACAGACUCCGGAUGAUAGCCACCGCGUCCGACCCCCACCUCGGCGGCCGAGACUUCGACCUCGCGCUCGCCGACCACUUCUGCAAAGAUUUCCAGACCAAAUACAAAAUGGACGCCAAAUCGAACCCUCGCGCUUUCCUGCGCCUCCUCGCCGAGGUCGAAAAAGUCAAAAAACAAAUGUCGGCCAACUCGACCACGCUGCCGCUCAACAUCGAGUGCUUCAUGAACGACAAGGACGUGCACAGCAGCAUCAAGCGCGCCGAGAUGGAGGAGUUGUGCGCGCCGCUGUUCCAAAGAGCCGAAAUCACGCUGAAGCAGUGCCUGGCGUUGUCCGAGCUCAAGCUCGACGAGAUACAUUCGGUGGAGAUCGUGGGCGGGUCGAGCAGGAUACCGGCGAUCAAGCAGCUGAUCGAGAAGGUGUUCAAGAAGGUGCCGAGCACCACGCUGAACCAGGACGAGGCGGUGAGCAGGGGAUGCGCUCUGCAGUGCGCGAUGCUCUCGCCGGCGGUGAGGGUGAGGGAGUUCAGCGUCAAGGACGUGCAGAACUACGCGGUGUCGGUGUCCUGGGACGCUAGUAACGACGGGGAGGCGGCGGGGGAGAUUGAGGCGUUCCCGGUUAAUCAUAGUGUGCCGUACUCGAAGAUGUUGACGUUUUACAGGCAGGAGCCGUUCUCGAUCCGGGCGCUGUACACGGGCAACGUGCCGUAUCCGGAUAAGCAUAUCGGCACCUGGAUCGUGAAGGACAUCCGCCCGAACGCCGAGGGCAAGCCGCAGAAAGUGAAGGUCAAAGUCCGGAUCAACCUCCACGGCAUAAUGACGGUGUCGAGCGCGUCCCUAUUCGAGGCGAAAGAGUCGUCCGAGGCCGAAAACGGCGAAGAAAACCAGCAACAACAGCAGAACAACCAACAGCAGCAGCAGCAGCAGCAGCCACCGCCGAACCAAAACUCGACCGAACACCAGAACGACGUCGACGCGACGAUGGCCGACGGCGUUACCAAUGCUGCUCCUGAGGUAGGCUCCAGCACGAGCUGGACGAAGAAAAUUUCUGCCUGGUUCAGCGGGGAUGCUGAUAAAGAAAAGAAAAAGAAGCAAGUCUUGAAGAGUAUCGAAUUACCUAUUGAAUCUCUCACCGCCGGUUUCUCGCAAGUCGAAAUCAAUCAGUAUACAGAGCAAGAAUUCAAAAUGAUAGCAGCCGAUAGACAGGAGAAGGAGAGGGCCGAUGCACGGAACGCAUUUGAAGAGUACGUGUACGAACUCCGUGGAAAACUUUCCUCAGACGACGAAUUAGCACCUUUCAUACUAGAAAACGAGCGUUCCGUUCUACUCAAACACUUAGACGAUAUGGAAAAUUGGUUAUAUGAAGAAGGCGAGGAGUGCAACCGCCAGGUGUACCAAGACAAAUUAGCCGAAUUAAAAACAAAAGGUGAACCUAUUCAAACUAGGAAAGUGGAAUUUGAAUUGAGACCACACGUCAUCGAGGACUUCGCCAGAUCUCUACAACUUACAAUGAAAGCGUUAGAAUUAAUUAAGGCGAACGACCCCAAGUAUGCACAUUUGAACGAAGAAGAGGUGAAGAAAGUCGACCAAGCAUUCAAGAAUUCGUACCAGUGGAUUGAACAGACAAGGCAGAAGUUCGUAAAUGCCCCCAAACAUCUACCGCCACCCGUUACCGUCGCCCAGGUCAGGCAAGAGAAGAACGAAUUCGAAAAUACUGUUACUCCGAUCUUGAACAAACCGCCCCCGAAGGCGCCGUCGCCGCCUAAAGAACAGCAGAAGAGCCCGUCUGAGGAAAAGACACAGAAUGCACAAGAACAGAAUCAGCAGCAGCAGAAUAAUCAACAGAGCGACCAGCAGCAACCACAGCAGGAAAAUAUGGACUGGUCGUCCACUAAUUAGGAGUUUUAUUAAAUUGCUUGGACACAUACACAGGACGAGGCAGUCUCUUCGUUCCUCAUAUGCUGUAUUACUAGGAAAAUUUUCUAUUUAUAUUUUACUUAAAAUGUAUAUUCUCAGUUGUUUAAGCGCCGUUUUUUUAUUUAUGUAUUCGGGAAAUUGUAACGUAUGCCACACUGAUCCAUAGUUUCCGAAUGGAAUGGCAACCUGCACCGAUUUUUAUUGCAUUUUUUAAGAAUGUUAAAUUGUGUAGUUCCGAUCGUAGCUUCAUUCCAUUUAAGUUAUUUAACUACUCACUUUUUUGUUGUAAUUUUAUAACUUGUGUUUAAUAAAACAUUUAGAAAUAA